CAAACACAAAGUUGAAGCUGGGUGUUGAAAGAUUCGUUCCAUGAUGGCUGAGAGCUCAUUUGUCCCAAUUCUCGAAAUAAGAGACGAGUUCGUGACCUGUGAGAUUUGCCUGGAAUAUUUCAACGAUGGAGAGAAAUGUCCGCGCAUUCUCCCGUGUCACCACUCCUUUUGUUGUCAGUGUCUCAUUUCUCUGUGGAAAAACUCACAACAAGGAGUGACGUGUCCGAACUGUCGACGGAUGUGGCCUGUUCAGAAUUCUAUCGAGGCGACAUUUCAACAAAACAAGGUACUCAGUAAUUUAGUUGAAUAUAUUGCGUUGAAAAACAAAAGAGGCGAGAUAAACUGUCACGACUGCCCCAAUCAAUCCAUAGCAACGUCUCGCUGUAUUGACUGCCAGGAGUACAUGUGUAACGCAUGUGCAUCCUGCCACAACAAAUUCACAAUGUUAAAACACCACAAGACGGUUCUCAUAACAGAACUGGUGAAUAUGGCUCAAGAUGAGUAUUUCCAGCAGAAAGAGAUGUGUAUAAAUCACGAGAAUUCAAAGUUGGAUAUUUUCUGCAGGGCUUGCUCUACAGCCGUGUGUCCCACCUGUGUUCUUGUUUCCCAUAGAGACCACGAGAUUUGUAAUCUGAAAGAUGUUUAUAAUGAGAAAAAAGAAUUAAUCAGAACUGGUUUGAAAGAUUUACAGACAUCAGAAGAAAAACUCAGAACAUAUUCAGAAAUAUUAACAGGAGAUGUCCAAACACUUGCUGCGACAGAACAGAAUCUUUUGAGCGACAUUGAUGAAUUGAGUAACAAAAUCAUUGCCAAAGUUAAGGAAAUAGCAACAUGGCUAAAAGAAGAUGUUAUUUCAAAGACGGCCAAACAAAAAGAUCAGAGGAGCAAGCAGAUUGAAUUGAUUGCACAGUCGGAAGGUGUGAAGGCCGAGCAUAUUCUGCAUUGCCAGCAGGCUUUGCAAUUUGCUCGGCAAGUGGAAUUCAUUGAAAUGUGCCAGGUUCUUGAAAACGAAACGAAGAAUCUGAUGACAACACCAGAACUACCUGAACUGGAGAUAGAGAAAAUUAACGCGAAUCUGACGAUUUUUGAACAGAUUGAUAACCUCAUUGAAAACCCCGAAAUCGUGUGUGAAGAAACAACUGAAAACAUUGAAGGACCAGUCAUUCUGUGUGACACGUCACAGCUCAGGCCGUGUGUUGAGUUUUCUAAAGCCAAGACGGAACACGAAUCCAAUGCCAUCACAGUCACUUUCGUUCUAAAGAAAAAUAGCUUCGGUGACGAUAAAACCAAGUUGUCUUCUUCUGUAGAAAUGAACCAGAAUGUGGAAGGAAUCACGAAGACUGCUGCUGCUGCUUUUGGUGGUGGUCUUACAUCUUCUGUAGAAAUCAAUAAGAAUGAGGAAGGAAUCUUGAAGACUGCUGCUGUUGUUCGUGGUGGUCUCGAGUACAAAGCUGAUACGACGGGUCAUCACAGAACGUCCAUCAGUAUCAAUGGCUACCACAUAUUUCAUGACAGAUUUGAUUUCCGCAUCAGUGAACAGGAUGAAGUUCUGGUUAGAAAACUACUCAUAGGCGUUGAUGGUCGGUCAGAGGAAUACAGAGAAAUAUGUUUACCGAACAUUGAAUUUGACGACUGGAGGAGAAACAGGGAAUAUUGCGAAAUUACAGCAAGCGGUCUGCUGGUCAACACAUAUUCACGCAAACCUCCAUUUAAUCCUCCAGACAGUCUACAGAUUUUUCGCGGAGUUACAGACAAAAUUCCUAUAUCUUGA